CUCUCUCUCUCUCUCUCUCAGAGAUAGUUGGGGGAGAGAAAUGGUCAGAGGUAGUGAUCUAGAGAGGCUUCCUCAGAGCCUCCUCCAUGAAAUCUUAACGAAGCUGGAUGUUGAAUCUCUGUCUUCAACAGCUCCUGUCUGCAAAACCCUUCAUUUCUCGGCCUCCCAAGCUCUCUCUUCUCUCUCCACCAUUGAUUUCUCUGGGUUUUCACCUGAUACCUGGAUCCUUAAUCAUGUUCUUCAUGAAAAUAAAGUCCUUAAGAGCCUCACCCUCGAUUGCAGUCGGCUAGACAGCUCUUCAAUCAGCAUUUUCACCAAAGACCAUCUUCAAGAAGUAGUUCUGUUGAAGUGCUCUCUACCAUGUACUUCAGUUUUCGCAUCUAUUGGAGAGCACUGCCCAAACAUAAGGGUGUUUACAUUGGAAAUGGUAAGCCGGGCAGUGCUCGAACCAUCUCACAUCUGCAAGGAAAAGCUUGCGCAGAUGCUUAAAGGGUGCUCACAUGUGGAGUCUCUAUGCAUAAAGUUCCGAGGGGCAGAUUGUGAUCCAGGUGUCUUUGAGUCCAUCGAACUCUUCCUGCCCAAAACCAUCAAAACUCUACAGCUGCGGCCCAUGUCUGAACAGCAUGCAAAGCAGCUCAUACAUGAAACAAGGGUCUUCAGGAACUCUGUGCCAUCCUCAGUUGACUUCAGCAUUCCCUUCUCUAUGGGACCCAUCAGCUUCAAAUUGCAGUCCUUAUCGCUCGUCCUGGAUGGAAUUACAGAUGAAUUACUCAUCUCCAUCACCCGCAAUCUCUCUCUUCUGGUCAAGCUAGACCUUGAAGACAAACCAAGGUUAGAACCAUUGUUGCAUCAUGACUUGACCAACAGCGGGAUCCAAUCAUUGGGCUCUUGCAGCCAUCUGACCGACCUCUCCCUCAUACGGAGUAGAGAAUUUUUCCCAGCCACUUUCAGGAGGGUAAAUGACAUGGGUAUGUUCCUCCUUGCUGAGGGGUGCAAGAGCCUUGAAGAGAUAAGGCUUGGUGGAUUCUCUAGAGCUACAGACGCUGGCUUUGUAUCCAUCCUACAUUCUUGCAAGAGCUUAAAGAAAUUUGAAAUCAUCAAUGCCCAUUUCCUCUCUGACUUGGCUUUUCAUGAUCUAGCCGACACUUCGUGUUCCCUUGUCAAUGUGAGAUUGGCAUCAUGCAGCCUUCUAACGAGCGAAGCUGUGGAGAACCUUUCCUCAUGUAAAAGGUUGGAAGUGCUGGACUUGUGGGCUUGCAAAAGCGUGGCAGAUCGUGGGCUUAGUUCAAUCUCGAGCCUUAACAGAUUGACCACAUUGAAUCUUGGUGGAGCUGAUGUUACCGACAGUGGUAUAUCAGUUCUUGGCCGUGGGAAUGUGCCGAUUGUAUCUUUAUGUCUACGAGGUUGUAAGAGAGUCACUGACAGAGGGGUGGCUUUUCUACUUCAUGGGGGAGGGAUUAUCAGUAAAACAUUAGCGGUGCUUGACAUAGGUUACAUGCCAGGCAUAUCAGAUAGAGCUGUUUUCACGAUUGCUGAGGCGGGUAUGGAGAUUACAGACCUCUGCAUCCGACAUUGUUUCUACGUGACCAAUGCUUCUAUAGCAGCUUUGGGUUUAGAGAGAGGAUAUGGAGAGGGGCGGAAACCCCUUAGAAGGCUUGAUCUUUGUCAUUGCAGUGGGUUGUCUGUCAAUUUGUUUGGAUCGCUGAAGAGGCCUUCAUUUCGCGGUCUGCGUUGGCUUGGCAUCGGAAGCACUUGUCUGUUGAAUGAAGGUGAUGCUGGGCUCUUGGAGAUUUCUAGCGAACGUCCCGAGUUGAGAUUAUGUUUGAAUGGCUGUGAAAUGGGCUGCUAUGAUGGAUGCAUAAGCUAGUUUGAGAGAUUGGUUUUCACCAGCAAGUGUGACUAGUGCGUUUUACAAGCUCGCUCACCAAUCUUCCAAUCAGGAUGAGAUAUUAUACAAUGCUCGGGGUUUGAGAACGGUUCUCUCGGGUCUCCGUGCUUUAGUGAUCCAAGAAGUUAUAAUCGGCACUCAUUAUGGCCCAAGCACUGACAAUCUCGAAGAUGGGUAAAAUCUUAAUUCCUCUAAUCGGUUGCCAGUGGAUAGAGAAGAAGAAAAUACAGCAACAGCACAUUCAACUGAAAUGGGCUGAACAAUUCAUGGCCCUGAUAUUACAUUCUGGGGCAUUCCGGUGCGUAGACCAUCCAUGGUGGCUCCCAUCAUAUCAAUGGUUUCGGUCGUGGAACCAUGCACCCAAAAGUGCGAAAACAACUAGUUAGAAACUCUCAGGCCAUGUGUUGUAUAACACCUCAA